AUGCCCUUAGACUUUACAGACCUUGGAUUUUUCGAUUUGGAAACCUUCCUACAGGCCAUUCCUGAUGUCGUUUGCAUCGUCGAAGACUCUGAUGGUCAAAAGAUUCUUAAACAUGUCUCUGACGAAUCUACAAAGCACAUAGAAAAACUUGUCGAACGUCAAAAGCCCAAUGGUAAUAACAGCGGCAAAAGGACUCGAAAAGCACGUGGCUCUGCUUCCUUGUCAGGUGCUUGUCAUAAUCCAUUAUCCCCGAAUGGCUAUCAGCCACAGUAUCAAAACCACCCGUCUUGCAGAUCCUUAAAUCAAAGUCGCAAUAAUACGACUCCAAACAACAACAACAACAACAGGUUAUUGCCGCCGCCGCCGCCUUCCCCUUUCUCCAAUAAUAAUACCAACCUUUCUUCGGGUUUUAACAGAAGAUCUGGGGUUUCAAACAGUGACUCUGUCGUCUCGCCGUCCUCAAAAUGCCUUUCUUCGUCCAGAGUCCGUCCCAGCAAUAGUGGAGGAGAGAUUACAUCGUUUCGACGCCCCUCACUGCCGAACUUCAUCAGGGUUCAGAUUCAACAAACCUUGGCCUCGUUUUCUGAACCCGUCUGUCAGUCGGUUUUUGAAGCUGCCUACAAAAAAAAGUAA